CACACUGUUUUUUGUCUAGUACUCCCCACGUUGUUGCUGAAUUCGGUUGCAAAUGUAGAUAAAUAAACAGACAUCAAUUUAUAAACUGAAUAAUUAAAAUAUAAAUGCCCAUCAUAAGCUUAAACAAUAGAUAAUUAAUUGUGAUUCCGUUGUCAUUAAGAGGUCACGAUGUUCUUUGAGUGAAAGCAUCUUAACCUCUCCAACAAUCACCGGAAAAAUCUCCGAAUUAUCCCAAGAAUUACUUGAUAACAUGUACAGUAGGAUUUUUAGAAGGUUUUUAGUGUUGAGUAGACAGUUGCCAUGUAAAUACGAUGCUGGGGUUAAAUCACAAGUGGGGGUGUCUUCAUUGUUGCUCCAAAAUGCUGCUAAAGACCGCAGGAGGAGUGUUUUUGCUGGUGUGAGACAUUGUAAUACCGAUGUGGAACAUUGUAAUACCGAUGUGGGUCUCAAGAAAGAUGAUGCGGCGCAGAAGAAGCUCGAUAAGUGGCUCGAAAAUCCUGAUAAUGAAAAGUUUUGGAGGGUUCUGCAGUUGGAGGUGGAUGUUUACAGGCAGAAUGGAUUUCCUGUGCCUGAGGAGAUUAAACCGAGACAUUGGUACGAGUUAACUCUAUUGGAGAGUCGAAAUAAGAGGAGAAAAUAUCUGGACUUUUUAUUUGGACUCGAGAAGAAAAAAGCGCACAGAGAAGAGAAGAAGCAAUUGCAAAGAGAAAGUCGUGAACAAUUUCGCGCUACAGAGAAAAUGAGAGACACUACAGAGAGUCCAACCUGGUUGGACUAUCGUCUGGGAAGAAAUUCCCCAUUUCUCAGGUUUUACGAGUCAACGAUGAAUCAACUGGGCAAUUGGCGAUUACUGAGAGCCAUGAUCUGGGGACAGAAACUGGUCAUGGAUUGUGGGUACGAGCAGCAGAUGACGAGGUAUGAGCGGAGGGUCUGUGCGAGGCAGAUGAUGCUGGCUUGGGCCGCUAAUCGGGACCAUCAGGAUCCCUUUGACCUCCAUUUCUGCAACUUCAAUGCUGAAGGGGACGUGCAUGCGGAUUUUCAGGCAUUCAUUCCUACCAUGUAUGACGAUGAUUUUCCUAUGAAUAUCACUUCGAAACCGUACUUGGAUAUUUUUGAUAAGGAUCAGUUGGUUUAUUUAACGCCUGACUGUCCUACUGAACUCAAGGAAAUUGAUCCUGAUGCUAUUUAUAUCAUUGGAGCAAUUGUUGAUAAGGUCAGUGGACGACCUCUGUCAAUGGCAAAAGCCAAACGAGAAUCCUUGAAAAUGGCAAAGCUCCCCAUCGAUCGCUAUCUGCACUUUGGUGGAGGUGGACACAAAGCUUUGACAUUGAAUCAAAUGAUUUCAAUAUUACUAGACGUCAACUUCACUAAUGACUGGGAGUAUGCUUUCAGGCAUGUGCCUCAGAGGAAACUAUUCCACAAUAGGCAGAAAAAUAUGGAAAGACGAGUGAACAAAUUUAUGAAAGAGAACGAAGAGCAAGCAGUUCUGUAUUCCUCCUCAGAACCUCAGGACUUCUCAAUAAAAUCCCGGAAAAAGUUUAAAGGAAAUUAAAUUGAGAUGCCUAUUACUACGACUUUGUGAAUUAAUAAAAGAUGAAAAUGUU